UGAAAGACACUUGGCGUUCCAUAGUCAUCAACAGAAGAUAACGAUGGAUGAAUUGAAAGAUGUUGAAAUUGGGAUAAGAUAACAAGAGUAGUUAAUCAAUAACCCAGACCAGCACGAUGGCCUGCAAAACAUAUAUGGACUCUGGUAGUAUGCGAAAAAUCCUUAGGACAGCAGAAACAGCGACCGAGUCUGAAAUUGCAAGGAAUCUGACGAGAAAAAUGCCGCACCUGGAGCAGCAGACGGAUGUGUGCGUGAUUGGAGCUGGAAUCUCCGGGCUAGCGACGGCCAAAUGUCUCCGCGAGGCUGGCUUCGAUGUUGUCGUGUACGAAAGGACCGGAGAAGUCGGAGGGUUGUGGGUUUUCAGAGAAAAUGACUAUGGGGUAAUGAGGUUUACUCAUAUAAAUGUCUCAAAACAGAACUACUGCUUCUCAGACUUCCCUUUUCCAGAUGAAACUCCUGAAUUCCCUCAUAAUACCCAGAUGGCCAAAUACAUAGGAGACUACACCCGUCACUUUAACAUCAGUGAAUGUAUUAGGUAUCACCGCAGAGUUACCAAACUUGACAGAGAUGGGGAAGGAUGGCGUAUUACCAGUUUUGCAGUAGAGGAUGAUGGGAAGGGUGGCGAGAAACUUGGACAAGAAGAAGUACUCGUCGCUAAAUUUGUUGCAAUAGCAACUGGGCAUCAUGCCAAACCAAGUUGGCCAAAGUUUGCUGGACAGGACAGUUUUAAAGGCGAGAUCAUUCACAGUGUGGCCUACAAAGAUGCCAUCACCAACGGAAUGGUGGGGAAGAGAGCCCUCAUUGUCGGGAUUGGGAACAGUGCUGUGGAUGCUGCUGUGGACCUGGCGACUGUCGGCAGGUGCAAGGAGGUUCAUCUGAGUACGCGCUCAGGGGCAUGGAUCGUACCCAACUACCUGUUUGGUCGUCCCAUCGACCAUUACAGCUGUCGACUGGUACUCAAAAUGCCUCUGACGAUCAUGAACUUUGUCUUUGAGACAUUGGUGUCUCUUAUACAUGGGCAUCCAAACAUGUAUGGCUUGAACCCUAAAAUGAAGAUCCUCCAGACGCAGCCUACAGUGAGUCCAGUGUUGUUGAACCACCUCCAGAGGAAACACAUCAUUGUCCAUCCCAACAUCUCAAAGAUGGAGGAGAAGAGAGUCACCUUCAUCGAUGGCACUUCGGUUGAGGUUGACUCGGUCAUAUUUUGCACUGGUUAUCAUAUUGACCUACCUUUCCUUAGCAACGACACCAGGUCACAGGUCACAGAGGACGGCAACAACGUCCUGAAGCUUUACAAGAAUGUGUUUUCUCCGAGCAUUGGCCCCUCUCUUGCGUUCAUUGGCUUCGUCCAGCCUGCAUCCGGUGGUGUAAUCAGUAUGUCAGAGAUCCAGGCAAGAUGGUUCGCCGAGCUUUGUAAGAAGAAGGUCAAACUCCCACCAGAAGCAGAAAUGAGACAAGACAUCAAAAUGGAAGAGGAGGAAAGUCAAAAGAGAUACCACAAGUCUGCACGACACACCAUCCAGAAGGAUCCUAUUCUCUAUUGUGACAGUAUCGCCCAGAAGUUUGGUGCUCAACCUGAUCCAUGGAGAUACCCUACCCUAGCAUGGAGGCUACUAUUCGGGACCUGCGGUCCAGCACAGUAUCGUCUUCAGGGUCCAAACAAAUGGUCCGAUGCCGCAUCAGAAGUAAGGAAGGUGUCGGUAACCGGACUAGCCCACUACAGUGUGCUGGCAGUUCUCGGACUUCUUAUUUCAAUGCUAGUAUGGUUGAUAACGGUCAUAGUCUAUUAGGGGGUUAUUUAAUGGGAACAAGAUGGUAUUUACGAUGUAAAGGCCAGUGCUUGGCGAUAUUUUGAUAUCAGAAUUAUGCGAUAUCAAAGAAAUGAUUGAAUACUCAAUAAUUGUUUUAUGAUUAUGGUGAUAUAUCAUGCUAACAAAGAUAUGACCAAAAUUGUUCAUUAUGAAAAGUGAAUCACUAUAUAUUGACCACAAUGCUGCUUUGUGUUGCUUUAAACCAACUCAGAACUUCAUAAGUUGGUACCCAAAUGCCUGCUUUUUAUGAACAAGUUAGGAUUGAUCCAUUAAAUCGUAACACUAUGGAAAUCCAUCAUUGUCAUAAUUUCUUUUAAAGGAAAUUUGCAAAAUGUCCUUUGUAAACAAAGGAGAACACACCAAAUUGUCAAAAAAAUCAUUGAAUUUAUGGAUAUACAUAUACAUAUCUAGACAUUUUUUGGAGCAAGCAUGCAUUUUUUAUAUGUUGACUUUGCUGGCUUUCCAUAGUUGCGAUUGAUCAGAUCAACCGCAACUCUUUCUAAGACGGGCCCGAUAUAUAUUCAUACAUUCACUGUUUUCUUGAAAAUUCAGUAUGCUUCUCUUUGUUUACAAAGGA